GCCACAGGUGGCUACGUCUCAUUAGCUGUGGAAAUAGCGUGUGCUGUGCGGAUUUCCAUGCAAAAACAAACCUAGUUUUCAUUUAAAACUCAGGAUAUUCGAGGAUUAUUUAGGUUGCUGGACUAUCGAUGAGAACAGCCUAUUAUCUGAGCUCGAUAGGUCGGGUCUGAAACUGUCACUGAAGGCGCACUGUUUGACAGCCAUGGAAGUAACGUUACUUUAACUCAGACAACAGUGGCUUUUCUAAGCAAAUGCCCUCAAUGGCUUCUGUUUUGGAGGAUCCAAGCCUAGAGCGCCACUUCAAGGGGCAUAAAGGUGCCGUCAUCUGUACAGACUUCAAUCCAAACCGCAAACAACUGGCCUCAGGAUCAGUAGAUAAGACUCUCAUGAUCUGGAACCUGGCUCCGAAGGCGAGGGCUUUCCGUUAUGUCGGCCACCAAGACCUCAUCACUGGGGUUCAGUUCUCCCCCUCUGGUCACCUGGUGGCCACUUCCUCCAAGGACAGAACGGUCCGACUGUGGACGCCCACCAUGAAAGGAGAGUCCACGGUGUUCAAAGCCCACACGGCGACUGUCCGCAGCGUUGCUUUCUCCCACGAUGGACAGCGGCUGGUGACGGCGUCCGACGAUAAGUCUGUCAAAGUGUGGAGCGUGCACCGCCAGUGCUUCCUCUACUCUCUCAACCAGCACACCAACUGGGUGCGCUGUGCCAGGUUUUCUCCAGAUAGUCACCUGAUAGCGUCCUGUGGAGACGAUCGCACCGUCCGCCUGUGGGACACGUCCACCAAACACUGCAUCAACUGCUUCACUGACCCUGCAGAAUCAGCAACGUUUGUCGGUUUCAACUCAAGUGGAACAUGCAUCGCGUCCUCUGGAGCUGAUAGUUCCCUGAAGAUCUGGGAUCUCCGGACCAACAAGCUGAUUCAGCACUAUCAAGUCCACAGUGCAGGGAUCAACAGUUUCUCCUUCCACCCGUCCAACAACUACCUGAUCAGCGGCUCCAGUGACAGCACUGUGAAGAUCCUGGACCUGGUGGAGGGACGUCUCAUCUACACCCUCCACGGACACAAGGGCGCUGUAAUCACAGUAGCCUUUUCCAGGGCAGGAGACCUCUUUGCCUCGGGGGGAGCUGAUGGUCAGGUGCUGAUGUGGAGGACCAACUUCGACAAAAAGUCCUACCAGGACGUCCUGCAACAACACAGCCGGAGGUCCACACCAGAUCCUGCACCCCACCUGACUGACAUCCACCCCAGAACCCCUCACCUGCACCGCCAGCAGCGCUCAGCCAUUCAGAUCAGUCCCGCAGUAGCAGACACUCAGUCCAUUGAUCCACACGUCAUAGAGUUGGGCCGAUCAGUUCACAGCGCCACGCUCCUAAGCGGUCGAACACACUUGACGCCCACGCAGGCCGCGGACAACGGGCGACCCUCCAACGGUUUGCCGGCGCGUCACGGAGCCAGUUCAGGAGUGGGAGGAUGGAUGGGAGACGAAAGCACCACCAGCAGGGCAGGUGCAGCUGUUUGGACUGGGGAAAGCGGGGGAGGAAGAGGAAGGAGAGAGGAGGAGGAGGAGGAGGAAGAGGAGAGAGGGCAGACGCACCCACUGGAAGUUCUCUCCGGUCAUCCGUCCAGUCUGGACUGUACCCUGCGGCACAUUGUCAAACAGCUGGAUAUUCUAACUCAGACGGUGUCGGUGCUGGAGGAGCGUCUCUCCCUGACGGAGGACAAGCUGAAGGACUGUCUCCUCAACCAGUCCCAGAUCCUGAAGGACGUCCGAUCGUCGGGAGAGAGGCGGAGGAGGACGGAGAGCCAGGAGACGGACGGGUCACCCAUCCAUUUCACUUGAGGACGACCUCGCCCUGCCACACACACACACACACACACACACACACACACACACACACACACACACACACACACACACAUACACACACACACACAAACGGAGUUGAACUGCUUCACCCCAAGACUGCUGGACAUGGGUUGUGUGUGUGUAUGUGUGUGUGUGUGUGGUUUCUAAAUAUCGACCUUGGUGGUCUCUCUCAUCUCAGGGGUCAGAGGGUUAAUCAGGGUGUGUGUGUGUGUGUGUGUGUGUGUGGGUGUGUGUGUGUAAUAUGAGGAUAUUCUCUUCAUGUCUUUCUUCACCUCUUAAGGAUAUCCAGCUGCACAGCCAAGCACAAUCUGGCUGGGACAUUCUGUGUGUGUGUGUGUGUGUGUGUGUGUGUGUGUGUGUGUGUGUGUGUGUGUGUGUGUGUGUGUGUGUGUGUGUGUGUGUGUGUGUGUGUCUGUGUGUGUUGUCUGUGUGUUGUAUGUGUGUUUGCAUGUUUUUGGUUUUUGAUAUGGAUGUUACGUCCAAUCAGAACAGCUGCAGCUAUGAAAACAGACGGUGCUUGUGUGCUGUAUGACCUGUGUGUGUGUGUGUGUGUGUGUGUGUGUGUGUGUGUGUUUACGUGUUUACAUGUGUAUAUGUGUGUAUUAGCACAUGUUUUAGCAGUUGAUGGCUCCUGCAGUUCUGUCUGUUUGAUAAUGUGCUGCCUCAGA